AUGUCCAACUCCGACCCCAAAACAAGACCCCGUCCGGGUACAUGGCCUCCGGUCCCGGAGUCCUCCCCAAUGCCCCCUUCUUCCUGGGCUAAGAAAACCGGCUUCCGCCCCAAGUUCUCCGGCGAGACCAAUGCCAGCGAUUCUGGCCAGAUAUCCCUGCCGCCGCCCCGGCCCCGAGAGCCUCAAACCCAGCCCGAUCUCGAAGCUGGUCGGGCUCGACCCCAACCGGCGCCCAAUGGUGUACCCGAGCGCGAGAUGGCUACCCCGCCACCAGCGCCAGCGCCGCCUUCAGAAAAGGAUAAUAAGGUGAAGAGGAGGAAGGAGUCUGAUGGAGGGUCGAAGAGUGCGGCCAAUGGGCCCAGUGGGGUUAAUGGGCAGGCUGCGACCGCGCCCACGGAGCCCAAUUCGCAACCGCGGAGGGCAUCCAGGAGUGAGGAGGUGGUUGAUGUUUUGCCACACGGGGUUGAUGAUGAUGGGUAUGUGGCUAGGCACUCUCAUAUGAAGUAUGAGCUCAGAGAUACACCUGGUCUUGUUCCCAUUGGCCUCUAUGGGUUCCAGCAUUAUCUCUCCAUGUUGGGUUCGAUAAUUCUAAUUCCACUCGUCAUAGUUCCAGCAAUGGGUGGUACUUACGAGGAUACUGCAAAUGUUGUCUCCACAGUGCUUUUUGUUUCGGGAGUGACCACUCUCUUGCAGACAUCGUUUGGAUCCAGAUUGCCUUUGAUACAGGGCCCCUCAUUUGUUUACCUAGCUCCUGCAUUGGCGAUAAUCAACUCCCCAGAAUUUCAAGGACUCAAUGGAAAUAAUUUUAAGCAUAUCAUGAAGGAGCUACAGGGGGCUGUAAUAAUAGGUUCAGCUUUUCAAGCAAUACUUGGAUAUAGUGGACUAAUGUCAAUAUUUUUGAGGUUGAUCAAUCCAGUGGUUGUGUCACCAACAAUUGCUGCUGUUGGACUUUCUUUCUAUAGUUAUGGUUUCCCGUUAGUUGGUAAUUGUCUUGAGAUUGGUGCGGUGCAGAUACUAGUGGUCAUUAUUUUUUCUCUUUACCUACGGAAGAUUUCCGUUUUUGGUCAUCGUGUAUUUCUUAUAUAUGCGGUUCCUUUGGGUCUGGCAAUCACAUGGUCGGCUGCUUUCCUACUAACUGAAGCUGGAGCAUAUAGCUAUAAAGGUUGUGAUAUAAAUGUACCUGCAUCAAACAUAGUAUCUGAACAUUGCAGAAAGCAUGUUUUGAGGAUGAAGAGCUGUCGAGUUGAUACUUCUCAUGCACUAAGAUCUGCCCCCUGGUUUAGGUUUCCCUAUCCAUUACAAUGGGGUACUCCUGUCUUCCACUGGAAAAUGGCCCUUGUCAUGUCUGUGGUAUCAAUUAUUGCAUCAGUUGAUUCGAUUGGCUCAUAUCAUGCAUCUUCAUUAUUGGUGGCAUCCAGACCUCCUACUCCUGGUGUUCUUAGUCGAGGGAUUGGUCUGGAAGGUCUUUCCAGUGUCUUGGCUGGUCUAUGGGGUACUGGAACAGGGUCCACAAGCUUAACUGAAAAUGUGCACACAAUAGCCGUCACUAAGAUGGGAAGCCGUAGAGCUGUUGAAUUUGCAUGCGUUUUGAUCGUCUUAUCCCUUGUCGGUAAAGUUGGAGGCUUUCUAGCAUCUAUUCCUCAAGUUGUGGUUGCCGCACUGCUGUGCUUCAUGUGGGCGAUGCUUGCUGCAUUAGGCCUAUCAAAUCUACGUUAUAGUGAGGCUGGAAGCUCUAGGAAUAUUAUCAUAGUCGGGUUAUCUUUGUUUUUCUCGCUUUCAAUACCGGCCUACUUUCAGCAAUAUGGCAUCUCUCCAAACUCCAACUUAUCUGUUCCGAGUUAUUUUCAACCAUACAUUAUAGCUUCUCAUGGACCCUUCCGCAGCAAAUAUGGAGGGGUGAACUAUGUGCUGAACACAUUGUUCUCAUUACACAUGGUGGUUGCAUUCCUUGUGGCUUUUAUCCUGGAUAACACUGUACCUGGCAGUCGUCAAGAACGCGGGGUGUAUGUGUGGUCUGAAGCUGAGGUUGCUAAGAGGGAGCCUGCUGUUGCCAAGGACUACGAGCUGCCCUUCAGAAUUAGCAGGGUUUUCAGAUGGGUGAAAUGGGUUGGCCUUUGA